GGUGUCCUCCGUUCUACCCAAACCCGCCCAAAACCCUAGCAGCUGCCCGACCCGAUCGCCGCCGAAUCUGUGUGUGUUCUUUACUAGGGUUUAAGGGAUUUUGAGGGAGAAGAGGAGUGCAGUGAGAAAGGUUCGGGUAGUCCGGGGCGGUAGCGAUGAACUUCAAGAACGUGAAGGGACCGAGUGUGCCUUCGGCGGUGGGGACGCUCGUGAAGGUCGCGCUCAUCGGAGGGACCGCAGUCUACGCUGCUCUUAACAGCCUUUACAACGUGGAUGGCGGUCAUCGCGCUAUCGUCUUCAAUCGCAUCGUGGGCAUCAAGGACAAGGUCUAUCCUGAGGGAACUCAUUUGAUGAUUCCCUGGUUUGAAUGGCCUGUCAUUUAUGAUGUUCGUGCCCGCCCACAUCUUGUGGAGAGUACUUCUGGGAGCCGUGAUCUUCAAAUGGUUAAUAUUGGGCUUAGGGUUCUUACUAGACCUGUCCCAGAUCAGCUACCUACAAUCUACCGAACUCUUGGGGGAAACUACAAUGAAAGGGUCCUUCCAUCCAUUAUUCAUGAAACCUUGAAGGCUGUGGUUGCACAAUACAAUGCUAGCCAACUGAUCACACAAAGAGAGGCUGUAAGUAGGGAAAUUCGAAAGAUAUUGACAGAAAGGGCCAGAAACUUCAAUAUUGUUCUGGAUGAUGUGUCCAUAACGACCCUGAGCUUUGGGAAGGAGUUUACUAAUGCAAUCGAAUCUAAACAGGUGGCUGCACAAGAAGCUGAACGUGCUAAGUUCAUUGUUGACAAGGCAGAGCAAGAUAAGAAAAGUGCUAUUAUCAGAGCGCAGGGUGAGGCAACGAGUGCCCAGCUUAUAGGUCAAGCUAUUGCAAACAACCCUGCGUUCCUUGCUUUACGACAGAUCGAGUCUGCAAGGGAGAUAGCUCACACAAUCGCAAAUUCGUCAAACCGUGUUUUCCUGCAGUCUGAUGAUUUAUUGCUUAACCUUCAUGAACUCAACUUCGAUGGCGAAGCCACGCUGAAGAAGUGAGAAGCCUGAUUUGUCUGUUUUCUUUAUGCUUUAUGUUUGUACUGAGAAAGUCCAACACCCUAUCUAUUUUCAGAAAACCAGAAUUUUCAUGUAGAAAUUGUAAAUCUACCGUCAAGGAAUUUGCAUGGUAGUGCAUUUAUGUUUUUUUUUUUGUUGCGGCAUUUAACAUGGAUCUAUGAUAAUCCUUGAGCUACUUAAUUUUUCUAUGGAGUUCUAA